UUUACACCAUAAAUAAGCCUUCAUCAAAUCAAAGUAGGAGGGCACAGCUAUACCAAAAGCAAACCAACAAUGGAAGAAGCAACAGUUCUUUACUCAUUUCUUUCCUUUAUCUUUCUCCUCAUUUGUUUGAACUUGAUGUUUCAAUCAAGAAAACACCCCAAAAACCUCCCUCCAAGCCCACCUUCACUUCCCAUAAUUGGCCACCUUCACCUCCUGAAACCCCCCAUCCAUCGUUUGUACCAUAGUCUUUCACUAAAAUAUGGUCCAAUCUUCUCCCUCCACCUCGGUUCUCGGCUUCUUGUUGUAGUGUCAUCUUCAACCGCAGCCAAGGAUUGCUUGAUCCAGAAUGAUAUAGUUUUUGCCAAUCGACCCAAGUUUAUCGGGGGGAAGCACAUAGGCUACAACCAUACCGUUAUUACAGCUUCGUCCUAUGGUGAUCAUUGGCGCAACCUACGUCGAAUUGGUACCACUGAAAUCUUCUCAUCAUCUCGUCUAAACACCUUCAUAAGUGUUCGAAAAGACGAAGUAAGGCGCUUGUUGCUGAAAUUGUCGUGUGAUUCACGUCGAGACUUUGCUAAAGUGGAGCUGAAAUCCAUGCUUGCUGACUUGACGUUCAAUAACAUCAUGAGGAUGGUAGCAGGGAAGCGGUACUAUGGUGAUGAAAUGACGACUGAAGCAGAAGCAAGGGAGUUUAAGGACCUUUUAGCAGAUUUAUUUAAGAAUAGUGGAACUGCAAAUCCAGCAGAUUUCUUGCCUAUAUUGAACUGGUUUGGUGGGUUUGAAAAGAAGGUGAAGAAGCUUGGAAAAAGGAUGGACGAGUUUUUGCAAAAGCUGAUUGACGACCACCGAAGUAAGAGGCGGGAAAACACUAUGAUUGAUCACCUUCUUUCCUUGCAAGAAUAUGAGCCUCAUUACUACACUGACGAAAUUAUCAAAGGAUUCAUUUUGGUGAUGAUACUUGCAGGAACUGAUACAUCAGCAGUCACAAUAGAGUGGGCAAUGUCCAAUUUGCUUAACUACCCAGAAGUAUUGAAGAAGGCUAGAGCUGAAAUAGACAGUCAAAUUGGCCAAGAAAACCUGAUUGAUGAAGCGGAUGUUUCCAAACUACAUUACCUUCAAAGUAUUAUACUCGAGACACUUCGAUUAUACCCUGCAGCUCCUCUUCUGCUUCCACACAUGCCAUCUAGAGAUUGUACCAUAGGCGGAUACAACAUCCCACGCGGUGCCAUCGUAUUGGUGAAUGCAUGGGCCAUUCAUAGGGACCCAGAACUAUGGGAUGAUCCAACAAGUUUCAAGCCAGAGAGAUUUGAAAAUGAUGAGAAAUUAGGUGAAUAUUCUCACAAUCUAAUGCCAUUUGGGUUAGGAAGGAGGGCAUGUCCAGGAGCAAGCUUAGCCCACCGAGUGGUGGGAUUAACUCUAGGUUCAUUGAUUCAAUGCUUUGAGUGGGAAAGGAUUGAUGGGAAGGAAAUAGACAUGAGUGAAGGAAAGGGAACCACCAUGCCUAAAGCUUACCCAUUAGUGGCUAUGUGUAAAGCUCGCCCCAUCGUGAAUAAGGUUUUUAGUAAGGAAAUUUGAUUAAAAUUGUUUCAUUUAUUUGUCAUAAGUUGGGUCAGAAUAUUAUAUUUUGCAAAAAUAGGCUUUGAUUAGCUAUUUAGCAUAUUGUAUGAAGUAAAACUUGUAGAGCAGUUAUUGUGAAGUAUAAAUAGAAAUGUUACUUUUGAAAUUAAUAGAUUAAUAAAUAACUUCAUUACAAGUUAGUUAUGUAUAUAAUUUUUCAAAAUUUCUCAUCCAAAUUUGUAUCUCCACAAAGGAUGAAUAACUUAUGGAAAAUAGUUUUAAUUUAUCAUUGGGUUGUCAGAGAAUUUCUGCAAAAUCAUGAAAAAUUCUCACUUGAAUAAUCGAAAUUCAAUCUAACACCGUGUUAUCAAAAUUUUCUUAUGUAUAUUGGACCUAGUCGUAUUCUAUUUUUGUUAUGUAUAGUUUUUUCAUAUGGUGUCUGAUCCUUUGUUCAACGCCCCACGUGAUCAUGGCUUGGUAACUUUGUAUUGCAGAAAAAUUAGCAAAAUAGCUAGCUAGUCGUUUGCCAAUCCUUAAACAAAUACUGCAAGAGCCAUUUUGAAAAGGUAAUCAAGGAAAUAUUCCCCUUUAUUUAAGGUCUAAUCUCUUCUUUGAGUGACUUAAAAGUACAUUCUCUCACAUUGUUAUGACAUUCAAGCUUUCAUUUUCGAAAUGCUUCUCACAAAAUCAAACCUGAUUAAGAAAAAAACAAAAAUAAAGAAAACUCCUCUCAUUAAUAACGGAUAAUGUUAUUUAACGUAUUUUGUAUGACCCUGAAAUAAUUAUCUCAAUCUUAACAGUUAUUAAAAAGUUUGGUGGCCUAAAACAUACAGAUUGAUGAGCCCUAACUGAGAUGAAACUCAUCCACUGGCAAAUUUUAUUUUUGGUAUAAAAUCUGGAGUGAAAUUUAACCUGAGGUUUUUAUCCAAAACGAUUUAAUCAAUUACAAGGAUCUCACUGACGAAAUAAGAAUUUGAAAGUAUUGUUUAAAAAAAAUGAACUCGUGCUGAGGGUAUAUAAUAGGCUUACAAAAAUGGAUAAUCAUGCUACUGAUUUUCUCGUUACUCUAGCUCACUUCUAUUCAGAUGUCCAUUUUCAAUUAUAUGAAUUGGAUUUUGGUAAAACCCCAAAUAAUAGAUUACAUCAAACUGUUUAUAAAAUUUUGACCCAAACUGUAAUACAUCAAUAUAAUGGAAAUUUUUUUAAUACUUCUGACAUUUUGCUGUCAGGAAAAACUAGGAGAAAGUACUAAUAAUAAAUAAACAGAUAAAUAAACGAAAUUAUGGGACUUAUUUCCCUUUCCACACUUAUGUAUU